GAGCUGGACUCAUCAUCCUUCGCUAGCGAAACUAUCAAUCGGUCUUCUGUUCUCGUCAACGCCUGCAUCCACCUGAAGAAAAGAUGGCCCCCGUGCUCCUUGUCUUCGCUCUGCUCUUCUCAGCUGCUGUCACCAGCAUCCAGGCUGAAGUACCAGAAUACUGCAACCUUGACCCCGAGGUCGGUAUGUGCCGCGGUUUCUUCAGGAUGUACUUCUUCAACGAGACCUCUAAGCACUGCGAGGAGUUUAUUUACGGCGGCUGCGGGGGCAACAGCAACCGUUUUGAUGACCUGUCCCACUGCAAGAUCACCUGCAUUGGAGCCUAGAUCCUGGACAUGCGCACCGAGGCACUUCCGUUUCCGAUGUAGGGCUCAGCCAUACAAUGAAUGAUUUGAAAAUACCGAUCGAAAAAGACUGAUUAUCAUUAUUUUCAUCUCGUAUGUUCUUUUUCCUUUUGGAAAAAAAGUUGACCGCUGCAAUGGGAGACGCUCGAUCUGGUUUUAUUUGUUAACAGUGAUGGCCGUUACUCGACACGAUGAUGAAUCUGCAGCUGAAAAUUAAUAGUAUCAUUGAGACUGUACUUGAAGAAAUGAAAAAUUUCUACACAACAGAUGUCUGCAUGAUCUCUACUGCUGAUGUAAGCUAUGUAACAUCAAGAAGUCAUCAGUCUUUUAAAGUAAAAACUAUUCCAAAACCAAGUUCCCCUGUAUAUUAGGAAGAAAUACAAUUACCUAAAAAUAAAGAUUACAAUUUUAUUCAUUUA